GAUGAAGUUUGUCCCAGAGAAGAUGGAGAUCUUGUUCAGCGGUGUGUAUGGGCAACUGCUGUUAAUGUAAAAGACAAGUUCAUUUAUGUAACUCAGCCCACACUUGACAGAGUUCUUAUUGUUGAUGUACAGUCUCAGAAAGUUGUACAGGCAGUAAGUACAGAUCCUGUUCCAGUGAAACUACACUAUGAUAAAUCACAUGAUCAAGUCUGGGUUCUGAGCUGGGGAAACAUGGAAAAGAAUUCACCAACUUUGCAGGUGAUAACACAAGCCAGUGGGAGCGUUUCUCAUCACACAAUCCAUACUCAGCCAGUAGGAAAGCAGUUUGACAGAGUGGAUGACUUUUUCAUUCCAGCUACAACCCUCAUCAUUACCCAUAUAAGGUUUGGAUUGAUUCUUCACAAAGAUGAGCCUGUUCUUCAGAAAAUUGAUCUAGAAACUAUGUCGUACAUCAAGACAAUUAGUUUAAAGGAUUAUAAUUGCAUUCCUCAUUCACUGGCUUAUACACACCUUGGAGGAUAUUUUUUUAUCUGCUGUAAGCCUGACACUACUGGGGCAGUCCUACCACAGCUUAUAGUGGAUAGUGUAACUGAUUCUGUGAUUGGAUAUAAUGGCAAUGUAACAGGCAUGCCAUAUAUCUCUCCAGAUGGACACUACCUUGUCAGCAUUGAUGAUGCAAAAGGUCUCAUGAGAAUCCAGUCCAUAACAAUGAAAGGAGAAAUCCAGGAUGCAUUUGACAUUCACACUAAUUUGCACAUAUCUGAUGUAGCUUUUCAGCCAUCAUUCACUGAAGCUCAUCAAUACAAUGUCUACUGUAGCUCCAGCACACAAACUGAUGUUCUCUUUGUGGAGCUCUCGUCUGGCAAGGUUAAGAUGGUGAAGAGUCUGAAGGAGCCUGUGAAGGCAGGCGAAUGGCCUUGGAACAGUAAGAACCGUCUUAUAAAAGACAGUGGCCUUUUUGGUCAGUAUCUCAUGACCCCUUCCAAGGAAUCUCUAUUUAUCCUGGAUGGACGGCUCAAUAAGUUAAAUUGUGAAAUCACUGAAGUUGAGAGAGGCAACACAGUAAUUUGGGUUGGAGAACCAUAAGGAUCUGUGUUAGAUAUUUGCCGAAUUAAUAGUUUUACAGUACAUUGCACUUAAAUGGCACCGUUCUUCAAAUUUAUACAAUUUUCAUUUUAAAUUGUUAGACCCUUCUAUAUCUGUUACUUCUUUGACUUGAACAUAAUUUGAAUCAUCUUCAACAUAAACAUUAGUAAAACAAUGGCUAUUUGAUAAUGGUAAUCCUUAUUAAUUAUCAUCUGAGAUUGUGUAGUUUGACUGAAAUUACAAAAUAUUUAAUUUGAUUAUAAAUAUCAUACAUUAUUUUAAAGGGAGUAGGAAAAACAACCCGAAAAAUCUUCAGGGAAUUUAAUAUCAUACUUUGCAUUUGUAAAUGGAAAACUUAAAUAUGAUUUAAAUUUUGGUAUGGUUUGCUUCAGACACAAAAUAAGAGCUGUUGUACAACCUUUGACUCCUUAAACAGAAAUGUUAUGUCCUCUCCUCCAAUCCACUGUUUAAUCUUUUUGUGCCUUGAAGCGA